AGUUUCUCAAAUUUAUUAAGAAAAAAAUCCAUCAGUUCAAGUUUCAAGUCUCAUCUAUUUUAUAAAAUAAUAAACGUAAAUAUUUUCUGCAAAACUUAAAAAUAUGUCACUAUUUGGAGCAUUACUUGGUGAUUUCGAAGAUGAUGGUUACAUGGGUAAUCAGAUUAAUUCUAUGAACAUGCAAAUGCGAAACAUGAAUCGUUUCAUGAAUAAUAUGAUGAUGCCCGAUCCAUUUAACAUGCUCACUCCUUUCGACGGAGGAUUCAAUGGCAACAAUAGUAUGAUGGAACGUGUUCCAAUGCUUGGUGGUGGGUUAUUUGGAUUCCCCGGCAUGCCGAAUAUGAAUCGUUUAAUUAGCACUGAUAUUGGAAACAAUGGCGCAUCCUUCUGUUCAUCAAGCGUGAUUUCAAUGUCAUCCGGGCCAGAUGGCCGGCCACAAAUCUAUCAAGCUACUAGUAGCACUAAAACUGGUCCCGGUGGAAUCCGUGAAACACGCAAAACUGUCCAAGAUUCUUCCAGUGGAGUGAAGAAAAUGGCAAUUGGACAUCAUAUUGGGGAGCGUGCUCACAUCAUUGAAAAGGAACAAAACUUACGCUCCGGUCAACAUGAGGAACGUCAGGAGUUCAUUAAUCUCGAUGAAGAAGAAGCCGAGAGCUUUGAUCGCGAGUUCACCAACAAAGCUCGCAUGCACACUACUCCAUCUAUAAUGUCUGGAGGUGGCAAUCAUUCCCCCCAUCACCGACAGUACCAAAGAGCAUUGCCCGCUCUUCCAGCACCUCCAUCGGCAAAUACAAGUAGGAUAACGUCAACUUCGUCUUCAACUUCUUCAACCCAAAAAGCUACAGAAUUUUCUUCAGCAUCGGCAGCAACAACUACACAAAACACUCAAUCAUCGAAAUUAUCAUCUGCAUCGGUCAGACGAACUGCAUUGAGAAAUGCAUCCAUGGCUACACCACGUAGACCGCUGCGUACCCCAUCUUCAUCGCCGUUGGCUCUAACUACGUCUGGCCACAGUAGUACAUCCGCAACAAUAAGCGUUCAUCCCCAUCCAUAUAACAACGCGGCCGCACGUCGUAACUUCCGUUCCAAACAUACCAAACAUCAACAGCAACAUCAGGAACAAUUGUCUGAUGAACAAAAUCAGCAACAACAACAACAUGAACAAGAACAUGAACAUGAUCAACACCAAGAAUUACAUAAUACCGAAUCAAACUAAGCUUACGAGACUUGGAUAUUACAUUUAAUUAAUAAAUAGAUUUAGUUUUUGUCUUCUAAAUACAUAAAAAGAUUAUAAAUGUAUUUAUCUUCUAUAUUACCUUAAAAUUGAUUAAACAAAACUUCUCUUGAAAGCUCAUUUCUUCGGCGCUUCUAAAUUUUAAUAUUAUUUCAAAACAACCAACAAAAUCAAUUAUUAUUCCGUUAUAUUUUAAUUCAAAAAUUGAUCAUCUUUGAAACAAUAGCAAAUUUGUUUAUUUUUUUUUAUUUUAAGAACAUUUUUGAUACAUAAUGUAAUAAAAUAUGAACGUUAUAUCAAAGUGAAGAAUUUAUCCUCAAAACAUAUUAUUUGAUUUUUUAUGGUCUGUUUAAAUUUAAAAGCAGAGGAUGUGCUUUUACUAAUAAUAUUAAAUACCAACAAAAAAUAUUCCUUGCAUUUUAGGAAAAGAGCAUUGUUAUAUCACUUUCAAAAUUUCGAUUUAAGACAAAUGCCUACAUAAAGGUUUAAAAAAAAAUAAAUGUAAAAUUGCAACACAUGCUACAAAAUUUAACCUAAAUAACUUUAUAGAACAAAAAAAAAUAAA